UCGAGAGCGAGAGAAGGAGAGAAGGAGAGGAGUGAGGGAGUGACGGAGAGAGAGGAAUGACCCUGUCGCGGGCCGUCACUGAGAGUACAACAAGCACGUGUGUGGUGUCUUCCGCCGAGAGGAAGAUGACGGAGAUCGCUUGAGGAUAUAGUCUCAACUGGAUUUUGUGUGACGGAAUCAGGUCAACCCGUGCGGCCAUAUUCAAUCCAAGAAAUGUUCUUCUGAGAACGCCUUGGAAAGGACGCUGAGACUUUGAGAGCUCUGGUUCUGAGUGAACACGUCUGAUCUGUUUGCUCAGUAGAUUGCGGCGUUCGACAACUUCGACUGCAGUCGUGGAUAUGGCGACGACGGAGCCCGCAGGACGACGGAGCUUCGGGCUAUGGCCGACGGUGUGUACAGUGUUGCCUCUCGUAGUCUGUCUUGUAGCCCAUGUCAUCGUCUUCCCUGUCGAGGCUGGUCGGGAUCGAGCUGUACAUGCAUACGAUCUCGACGGUGUGCAGGAAACGGCAAUUGCCGGCCUCCCUGAGGAUGCCCUCGGUGCAAGAGAAGGAUGGAAGGGGUGGAAAGAGGAAACGAGUCAAGGAGACAUCGACAUCGUCCACCGUGAACGUGAAGGGGGCGGAAGAGGUGGGGGUAGUUCAUCUGGCCACUGGGAUCAGGAUGACCUCUGCCGGGAGACGGCGGAGAGGAGUACAUGUAUACUACGGGGAUUUAAGCCAUUCAUUGGAAAGCCGCGUGUCGUUGUCGAGACUGACGCUGGGUCUGUGACCACGUGGAGGCUGAAUGUGACGACUCAUCGCCACAGAGAGUUGGGGAUCGGUGUUCUCACGCUCAAGUCGAACGCGAUGAGCUUGCCCAUGUAUACCAACUACGACAUGGUCUUCUUCGUGCUCCGAGGACGUGGACGGAUUGAGUUCCAUCUUGAGGGCAAGCACUACGUGAAGAAACUGUCGAGAUCUGACGUGUACGGGGUGCCGUCGGGACACAUGCUCUUUUUCGUCAAUUCCGGGGGCGAGGAGGUUAUGGAAGUCUUGGCCAUGUCCAGCGUAGCAGGGGGUGUUGAAGCUGUUCAUCAUAAGCGCUAUUCCAUUGGGGGUGGAGAAGCACCUACUUCCAUUUUGGGAGGAUUUGACAAGGAGGUAAUGGAGGCAGCUCUGCACGUGAAGCGGGAGGAUUUGGAAAGCCUGUUGACGUCUCAGUCUGCCGGGGACAUCGUCUAUCUGAGCGAGCGACGGGCUCCUAAGCUAUCGACUCCCGAGAGGAGCGAAGAUUGGGAGGUGAUGCAGGAGGAAGAGGAGAUUCCCACCAUUGCUGCGCCUCGCCCAUCCGACAACAAGUGGUGGCUUGAGGACCCAUACAGCGUUGAUGUGAGCAAACCAGACUUUUCCAGCCUCAACGGCUGGUCAACUGUGGUGGACGAAAAUAAGUUGACUUUUCUGAAGGAAGUGGACAUGGGAGUCUUCCGUGUGAAGCUGGCGAAGGGAGGUAUGUUGUUGCCACACUGGAACCCCGAUGCGAUGGAGGUGGGUAUGGUCACCGCAGGCCGCGGAUUGAUACAAGUGGUUUUUCCCGAUGGGACAUCGGCGAUCAAGGAGGAGGUUCAGAAGGGAGACCUGUUUGUGGUCCCAAGGUUCCAUCCUGUGGUGCAGGUGGCGUCCCGGGAUGACCCAUUCGAGUUUGUGGGGUUCACAUCAAAUUCUAAGCCAGCGCACCCUUACUUCCUUGCAGGCGGAACAUCCGUGCUGCAUGACGUCGAUGCUGAGCUCCUGGGCACUGGCUAUGGCGUGAUUGAGCCCUUCGCAUUAAUGGAGUAAACGAUAGGAGGAAUGCUGCGCGCAAUGGGAGAACGUGAGAGAGAGGAAUGCUGCCGCAUUGCUGCGCGCAAUGGGAGAAUGUGAGAGAGAGGUGGUUUUGUGUGGGAACGUUGUGAAUGUGUGUGCUUGGAUCUCAUAUGACGGCACUCUCUCUCAAAUAGAAAUGAGAAACAACUGGCUGUCUGGAGUGUAUGAUGAUGAGCGCGGGCGUCCGAAAGCGAACGCGCGUUCACCGCGUUCAGACGGUCACAUAGUGAUGAUAGCCGUUAGUUGCGAUCGAUCUACAGGAUGACAGCCCAAUGUAUUUUAGAAAUGAAGUAUCCCGAGGGUAGCUGGGAACGGGACGCUGGGCCCGGUUCCCAGCGCGUGCUGCUCCCAACGAACAGACUGGAGCAUCCUCCUCCCCCCGGGCCCCGGCCAAAAAAAAAAAGGAAAAAGAGGAAAAAAGAGAAAUGUCGAGCUGGAAUGACUUGGUGGUUGUGAUCUGAGGCAAGUCCCGCAGAGCGCAGAGGCUGGCCCGUCCCUACUAGUUUCGGCCACCCGCCAGAAGGGGCUUCAUCAGGGCGAUCCGAGAUGUUCGGAGAAACUAAUCCUACUGUAUUAAUACUGCCACCGAUUCACAUCCCUGUCCUAUUCUGUCGGUCCCACCCCUUUGUCCCGAUUCCCACCUGCAUCCCAUUGGUACCACAGUCUAAUUCAUAAAUAGCUGGUAAUCGUAAUUCCCGCGGUCCAGAAACUUCCGUCCCCGGUUUCGUCUUCGUCCGGUACCAUCUUGAAGAUAGGCCCAUGGGCGAGAUAGGAAGAAGAGAGGACAAUCAUCCCACAAAAAAAUGAUUUUUUUUGGAAAUAGGGGCAACAACGGCGUCAGUUCUAAAUACACUCCAGGCAUCCCUCGAAUACAACACAUCCCAUUCAACUCUAUACAUUUCGUGAUUUUCCUCGCUUUGGAGUAAAAUUUGUGAAACCGU